AUUCUCUCUCCCCUCGCCCAUCGACUUUUAACUAAGCCAUGCUGUUGUUGUUGAUAGCUAGCCAGCAUAAACUAGCUAGGACUACUGACUGAACCCAUUCGUCUCCAAUCGACUCUCAGCUGCGCGACAACGUCGUCAAUUUGGGCAGGCGAGUCUGUGUAGCCUCGGCUCUCUCCAAAUCCUAUUGUGGCUAGCUUCACAUAUGUUCUAGUUUCUGUUCGCCAAAUUAGAAAAUCAGGUCCCACUCUAUGCUUCAGUUAUUUGACCAUGUCAAGCAAAACAAUAAGAAAUCAGAGAAUAACAAUAUAUUAUUUGAACACUGGGAUAUGUUGUUUAUCCCAUAAUGGAAAAAAACAGUGGUGAUGCGAUAGUAGCCGACUUGUAUAGCGCAACUGAAUGAAAAACACUCAUCAUAAAAAAAAAUAUUUAAAAAACACUCAUCAUUCACUUGCCCAUACAUGACUUGCGUAAACUCAUCCAUGGAAUCAGGAAGUAAUAAUUGGCAGCGGUUCACUCAUGAGAAACUUAUAUUUACCGAGGCUCUGGAAGCUUAUGUUUUGUAUCGGCAAAUAACUAGACUAUAGGCUAUUAGACAAGAGUUACGCACUGGAAAAUACAAUAUCCGUGUACCGGAGCCUAUCUUUUGGUUUAAAUAUUUUUAGUGUGCCAUUUUAAUCUCGUAAAGUACCCGGAAGACUUGAAUUUUACACUUUAGGUAGGGUGAGUAGGAUGGAUGUUCCUCACCUGACAGAAGAUGAAAUGGCCGAUAUAAAAAAGGAAGUCCUGACGAGGCUGCGGCCGUACCUUUGUGAAAAGAUCCGGGCUGACCGUCAUUUUGACUACCUGCGCUCGCGGAAGAUCCUGACGCGAGACGACACAGAGGAGAUCAGCUGCAGGAUCACGCAGACCAAGAAAACGGGCUUGCUCCUGGACUACCUGGCUGAGAACCCUCGGGGGCUGGAUACCCUGAUCGAGUCCAUCCAACAAGGACGUACGCUCAACUUCCUGAUUACCAAGAUCACUGAUGAAGUGCAGAAGGUGAAGAACGAGAAGAUAGAAUCUCUCAGAGCAGGGGCAUCCAGUUCCACCUCGGGCUUCCUGCCAACUCAGGACACAUCCGGGGUCAAUAAAGACCUCUCCAAGACACUGUCAUAUGAGUCCAACCUGGCAUCCACCAUGUUAUACAACGGAGAAGGGAGCCCAUCCACCUCUGACGCCCUAAGGUUCCUCAACCGGCCUGCUGCCUCCAGCCAUGGGAAGGACGUGUUGUCAUCCAUGCGAGGGGGUAGCAUGGCCGUGUCUUCAUCCCAGGUCUCUUCCACACUGCCCAGGCCUGGAGACCCAGGGGCUCCCCCCCUGCCGCAGGAAGUGCUGCUACUGCCAGAGGCCUCAUCUAACAUGGACGCUGGACCACACAGGAGCACGGCGAUCAGCGGAGGGGAUGUCAACUUCCAGCCCCUGAGGUCACGCUCCACACCCACUUUCAUGUCAUGCAGGGACCCUUCACCUCAGCCCCCACCAAAAUCUUAAUGAGCACCCCUCCCCCCCCCCCCCCCCCCCACACCCUGGACUACUUCCCAGCAUUACUCAUAACAAACAUUCACUCUUCAAAUGUGUUGUUCGUAUCAGUGUAUGUGUUUUAUCAAUGGUUUUAGUUGAGUGUUACUUUAAACAAAUAUCAACUUGUAAAGUAUGUUCCAUGCCUUACAUUAUACACUGGGUCAACCCGAAAGCUGGACAAACCUGUUUUGGGUUCAAUAUGAAAUAAGUAACUGCUUACUAAUGAUGCCUCAAUCAUAAGCUGUACCCUCAUGCAUUUUACUCUGCUUCUAU